UCACAUGACCGAUGACGUCAUCUGGCAUUGGCCGUAUUCUCCCGCGUCGAAUGACGCCAUGUUGUAUGGAGUGAAAAGCCGGUUCGUUAGUGGCAGAGUGACGAUGACGACGUUUUUCGAUGUUGUGAGUUUAAAAAGAGAAUAACAUGCUCUGCGUGUAAACUGGACCAUCUAGAAAGGGCAGGUCGAGAAACUUCAAAAAUAUAUAUAUCACUUAAAAGAUGAGUGACUGGGCAGUAGCUCUUGCUUUGAUUAGUAUCAGUAUAUUAGUUACAGCCAUAUUAUUAGGUCUGUGUCGUCUUCUUGGUGGCUGGACAUGGUUGAGAGCUUGGUUUACUGGAAACAGAGAAGAAACAGCAUCAUUAACUAAAGGUGGACAAUACAGCGCUAACGGGUAUAUGAUGAAUUCCGAAUCCGACAUUGCCUUAGAUUUAAGUGGAAAUUAUCGACAUUACGAUAAUGUGGCUAACGACAUGAAAUUCAUUCAAGAAGAGAAGUUUACUAUAGAAGCACUUCCAACAAAGGAACAAAUACAACCCAAAGAACCAGAAAAUGGCUAUUCUGCUCCAAAUAGUGAUCUGCCAGAUGCCUUACUCUUUGAUACAACUUCCACAUCACCUCUCCAACGCGCCCUUUCUUGUGACAGUGUUUGUUCUGAUACAUCGGUCGUCUUAGAAACCCUAGAAGUCCCCCGAAACAACGGAGAAUUAGAAAUCGGGUUGGAAUAUGAUAAUGACUGGGCAGUAGCUCUUGCUUUGAUUAGUAUCAGUAUAUUAGUUACAGCCAUAUUAUUAGGUCUGUGUCGUCUUCUUGGUGGCUGGACAUGGUUGAGAGCUUGGUUUACUGGAAACAGAGAAGAAACAGCAUCAUUAACUAAAGGUGGACAAUACAGCGCUAACGGGUAUAUGAUGAAUUCCGAAUCCGACAUUGCCUUAGAUUUAAGUGGAAAUUAUCGACAUUACGAUAAUGUGGCUAACGACAUGAAAUUCAUUCAAGAAGAGAAGUUUACUAUAGAAGCACUUCCAACAAAGGAACAAAUACAACCCAAAGAACCAGAAAAUGGCUAUUCUGCUCCAAAUAGUGAUCUGCCAGAUGCCUUACUCUUUGAUACAACUUCCACAUCACCUCUCCAACGCGCCCUUUCUUGUGACAGUGUUUGUUCUGAUACAUCGGUCGUCUUAGAAACCCUAGAAGUCCCCCGAAACAACGGAGAAUUAGAAAUCGGGUUGGAAUAUGAUAAUGAAACAGAAGAUUUAAUGGUUCUUGUAAAUCAAGCACGUGAUUUAGUUGGUACUGAACCCAAUGUACCUGUUGACAGUUACGUUCGUGUUUUUCUUUUGCCUGACAAAUCAACCAAUAUGCAGACUCGAAUUCAAAAACGUACAAACGAGCCCAUUUUCAAGGAACGAUUCUUAUUUGGAGUAGAUAGAAAAGAAUUGCCGCAAAGAAUUGUUACGUGUUAUGUGUACACAUGCGAUAAAUAUACGAAUACAUUGAUUGGUGAAGCUGUUGUUAAUUUAUUAGAAGUCGAUUUGCGUAAGACAUUCGUUGAUUGGAUACCAAUUUUGGAACCGAAUAAGGAUUCUAGUGAUUUGGGAGAUUUAAUGUUUUCCUUAAGUUAUCUUCCGACUGCUGAAAGGCUUACUGUUGUAGUUGUAAAAGCUAGAAACUUGAGGUGGAAUAAUGAUAAAGAAAGUGGAGAUCCAUUUGUUAAAGUGUAUUUGAUGCAGAAUGGAAAGAAGAUUUUUGAGAAGUCAGAUUCUAGUGAUUUGGGAGAUUUAAUGUUUUCCUUAAGUUAUCUUCCGACUGCUGAAAGGCUUACUGUUGUAGUUGUAAAAGCUAGAAACUUGAGGUGGAAUAAUGAUAAAGAAAGUGGAGAUCCAUUUGUUAAAGUGUAUUUGAUGCAGAAUGGAAAGAAGAUUUGCAAGAAGAAAACUUCUGUGAAAAAAGAUGAAAGGAAUCCUAUUUUCAAUGAAUCAAUGAUAUUUUCUGUUCCUUUAAAUGCCUUACAGAUGGCAGACUUCGUGCCUUUACGCCGUUACACGCUCCAAAAUGUCCAGCUCCGCCUCACAGUAAUGGAGUACCAUUCUGAUAGAAAACCAUCGACAAUUGGACACGUAUUCGUAGGAACACAAUGUACAGGAAAGUCACUCUCUCACUGGAACCAAAUGAUGUCUUCCUUACGUAAACCGAUAGCAAUGUGGCAUCCUUUACGAAAACAACAUAAUUAACAAGUAUUAAAUUAAAUUAAAUCUAAUAUUAGCACAGAAGAUGCCAUUUUGUAAAAGAGAUAAAAGAAAAGUAUUUUCGUUUAUGAUCAGCCAAGAAAUGUGAUAAGACGGUAUUCGAAUUUGGUUUUAUUCGUAUUUAUUUUGGAAAAAAACUUAUCUCUUCUUCUCGGCAAUCUUUAAUUCUGUCGAACUCGAAUCCUUUUUGCUCAUUGAAAUUUUCAAAAUCAAUAGGAAUUCAGAUCGUGCAUGAAUAUCGUGAGUAUGUUUGUAAGCUAUACAGUGUAAUGUAUUCUGAGAGAUAGUCAAGUAUUUAUCUAUAGAGAGAGAUCGACGUUAGAACGCGUUAGAGUAUGAAAGUUAAAACAAUACGCCGAUUAUAUUAGUUCCACCUUUAUUAAAAUCCAGUUUAGAUCUUAAACAUGCAUGCUCACUGUUUUUUGUCACGGUUUGGAUUUUAUGAUCGGCGAUUUUUCGUGUUAUUUUUCUAAUUCUAAAUAUUUAUGUAUAUUUAUGUUUAACUCUCGUAUAUGUUUGUUACUCUAUUCGUUUAGUGUACGUAACAGAAGUAUUUCAGAGACACAUUCUGUGAUACAAUACUUUCAAUAAAUAAAUAAAUU